CACGCAAAUAUAACAGGAGAUAUUUCAGAGCAUAAUAAUUCUUCAAUAGACACCGUGAUGAAUGUUAAAGAAAACUUUUAAGAAAAUCAUAAAAAAGGCUCUGGUUGUCCCAUCUGAUUGUCAAAUGUAGAAUAAGUUAUUUAGAAUGGCAUUAACAAAACCAACAAGUGAAAACAAGAACAAGAACCACGAUGAGGAUAUUCACGAAUUAUGGGACUUCUAUAUGAAAAUUAGACCCACUCAGGUCUGAAUGAUGGGCCCUGACAUUGAACCAAAUGUGAAUGAUAGCUACAACUCUGAUUCAGUUGAUAUGGAAAAACAGGAGCAACUUAGACCGCCUGAUGUUAUUUCGAAUCAACCCUUUGGCUCUUUAGCUUUCGUGGAAGAAACCCAGCCCAAAGAUAUGGACAACCAGGACUGGGAAAACGUUGCGAGCAGUAAGAGUUCGUUAAAGGAGAGCAUAAAUGAGAAAUCUGUGAAAUAUAAGGUAGACGAGUUCUGCAAUGAUACGAGCAUUAAUGCAAUUACGCGUGCCUAUAAGUCAAAGUCCGCUCUCAGGCGCUAUACGUGGAUUGUCAUGUUCAUCACUUCUGUGAUCAUUGUCGUCGUCCAAAGUAGCGCCCUCGUCCAGAAAUACUUCACAUGGCCUUCGGAGGUUAAGGUUGACAUACUUUAUGAUGCUGUCAUAGAGUUUCCCAGCAUUACGGUUUGUAAUCUGAACCCACUGCGACGUUCUCAACUAAGGGACGACGACGAUCAACGUAAAGGUUUCAAAAACUUUGCUACAAAUAGUGAUAUGGACGAAGAGGAUGAGCUUUAUAGCUUGUAUAGCAAAGCUAAGCUUGAACUUCAACAAACUUUAGAGAAUGGUCUUAAUAUUGGUGAACCUCCUCCUGAACCAACCAGCAUCCCCGGUGACCUUGGGCCACCAAGCGCUCCUGCCGGUCCGACCUCUGGUGGCCCUGGGCCAAUAAGCGCUCCUGUCGGUCCGACCUCUGGUGUCCCUGGAGCAACAAGCGCUCCUGCCGGUCCGACCUCUGGUGUCCCUGGAGCAACAAGCGCUCCUGCCGGUCCGACCUCUGGUGGCCCUGGAGCAACAAGCGCUCCUGCCGGUCCGACCUCUGGUGGGCCUGGGCCAACAAGCGCUCCUGCCGGUCCGGCCUCUGGUGUCCCUGGAGCAACAAGCGCUCCUGCCGGUCCGACUUCUGGUGGCCCUGGGCCAACAAGCGCUCCUGCCGGUCCGACCUCUGGUGGCCCUGGAGCAACAAGCGCUCCUGCCGGUCCGACCUCUGGUGGCCCUGGAGCAACAAGCGCUCCUGCCGGUCCGACCUCUGGUGGGCCUGGGCCAACAAGCGCUCCUGCCGGUCCGGCCUCUGGUGUCCCUGGAGCAACAAGCGCUCCUGCCGGUCCGACUUCUGGUGGCCCUGGGCCAACAAGCGCUCCUGCCGGUCCGACCUCUGGUGGCCCUGGAGCAACAAGCGCUCCUGCCGGUCCGGCCUCUGGUGUCCCUGGAGCAACAAGCGCUCCUGCCGGUCCGACCUCUGGUGGCCCUGGGCCAACAAGCGCUCCUGCCGGUCCGACCUCUGGUGUCCCUGGAGCAACAAGCGCUCCUGCUGGUCCGACCCCCGGUGUCCCUGGACCAACAAGCACUCCUGCCGGUCCGACCUCCGAUGACUCUGGACCAACAAGUACCCCUGUCGAUCCGUCUUUAGGCAUACUAGGAUCUGAUUCAGGUGAACUUACUUUUAUUGAAAUCUAUUUUAAGGUUGGUGUUUAUAAAUCAUAA